GGUCUAGAAAUCCCGAAAAACGAUGGACGUAAUUUUUUAAUCUUCCCAAAGGUGUUUAUUUGACAGGGGAAAGCACACAUUGUGUUGGUACCGCAGCCCAAAAUUAACAAAUUUUUGAAUGAACGUUUUCUUGAGUGUAUACACAGUUUUUCACUACUUCCCACCAGAUGUCUUUUCUUGCUGUGGUGCACGCGUGUAUGUUGAUACCUACAUGCAGGCGAUUAACAAACAUGACUGCUCGACUUUGACUCCUCAUCGACCGAGAAGGAUCAUAACAAAAAUCAGCUGUUUAGUUGGUUGUCGUAAUCGGAUCUGGUUCUCCAUCACCACCGGCAUUUAAAAAUCUAGUUUUUACUUCUAAAUAAAGUGACCAUAAAUUAAAACCAUCAAAUUCGUAAACCCAACAGUAGAAUUAUUAUGAAAUUACUAAAAAAUGUGUGCCACUCAUGGAAUCUUGGAGGUCAUCGUCAUUUCUUUGGUCGGAGAAAAUACGACUUAGGAAAAUGCAACAUCGUAGAGCUGGGGAAAGUUUCCCCGGAGCGACCGGUGCCGAAACAUAUUUGCAAACCAAGCUAUUACUUCGUCAGGAAUUCGCCCAGUUCCGGCGAGGGACCUCCCGAAAUUAAAACGGAUUCACAGAUUCAAGGCAUGCGGGAGAGCUGCAAACUGGCGGCGAAUAUUCUGAAGAAGACGUGUGGAUUUGCUAAAAUAGGAGUUUCUACCGAUGAGAUCGAUGAGUUUGUCCACAACGAGGUGAUACAAGCGAAUGCCUAUCCGUCCCCUUUGCGCUAUUUGGGAUUUCCUAAGUCAGUCUGCACGUCGGUCAAUAACGUAGCAUGUCAUGGAAUUCCCGAUGAUCGGAAACUGAUGGAUGGCGACAUCAUUAACAUUGAUAUUACGGUGUUCUAUAACGGUUUUCAUGGCGAUUGCUCGCGGACGGUUCUUGUGGGUGACGUCGACGAACGUGGCCGAUAUCUGGUGGAAUCGACGGAAGGCUGUUUGGCGGAGUCCAUUCUGUGCUGUGGACCUGGUCAACCACUUUAUGUUAUCGGGAAGUCGAUAGCCCGGUUUGCCAAAUGGAAAAAGUUAACGGUGAUGCCAGCUUUCCUGGGGCACGGGAUCGGAAGUUACUUCCACGGACCUCCGGAUGUAUUCCAUUUCGACAAUGAUUUUCCCGGAGUGAUGCGCCCAGGAAUGACAUUCACCAUCGAACCGAUUCUCACAUUGGGUGUCAUGGAUGCGGAAAUACUUGAAGACGAUUGGACUGCAGUAUCGGUGGACAAUGCCCGAAGUGCACAGUUUGAGCAUACCAUUUUAAUUACCGAGGAUGGAUGCGAAGUGCUAACGAUUCCCGAUUAAGUUGCUUGUUCAGGUUCAUUUUUAGAUAGGUUGGAAAGUAAUAAAAUAUUGUAACUGUCGAAAAGGAAUUUAAAAUGUAUUGCAGAAUUUAUA